AUGGUCAAGCCAGGGGGCACCUGCCCUGUUGAAGGUCCCUGCACAACUGCCCGUUGCAUCGUAGAUAUUUGCAGAAUGCCUUAUUUUAUGAGACUUGUUUUCUUCUUGUUUUGCCUGAUGGCCCUUGUGGAGAGCAGAAAGCCCAGGAGGAAGAGAUGGAUAGGGCAGCUGGAAAUGCCCAAGCAAAGUCACUUGUAUAAAAAGAACCCUGACGUGACCAAAAUCCGGCCAGGAAAACCUCAGCCUCUGCUCAGAGUCGAUGACCAUGACUUCACCAUGAGGCCGGCCUUUGGCGGCCCGGCCAUCCCUGUGGGUGUGGACGUGCAGGUGGAAAGCUUGGACAGCAUCUCCGAGGUGGACAUGGACUUCACAAUGACGCUGUACCUGAGGCAUUACUGGAAGGACGAGAGGCUGGCCUUCUCCAGCAGCAGCAACAAGAGCAUGACCUUUGACGGCAGGCUUGUGAAGAAGAUCUGGGUUCCUGAUGUCUUCUUUGUUCACUCCAAGAGGUCCUUCACUCACGACACCACCACUGACAACAUCAUGCUGAGAGUAUUCCCGGACGGCCAUGUGCUCUACAGCAUGAGAAUUACGGUCACCGCCAUGUGCAACAUGGACUUCAGUCAUUUCCCCCUGGACUCCCAGACCUGCUCUUUGGAGCUCGAGAGCUAUGCGUACACAGAUGAGGAUCUGAUGCUGUACUGGAAGAAUGGGGACGAGUCCCUGAAAACGGAUGACAAGAUCUCCUUGUCCCAGUUUCUGAUUCAGAAAUUUCACACAACUUCCAGACUGGCCUUCUACAGCAGCACUGGCUGGUAUAACCGACUCUAUAUCAACUUCACUUUACACCGCCACAUCUUCUUCUUCCUGCUCCAAACCUAUUUCCCCGCCACCCUCAUGGUCAUGCUGUCCUGGGUGUCCUUCUGGAUCGACCACAGAGCUGUGCCUGCCAGAGUCUCACUAGGCAUCAUGACGGUGCUGACCAUGUCAACCAUCAUCACGGGCGUGAAUGCCUCCAUGCCCCGCGUGUCCUACAUCCGGGCCGUGGACAUCUACCUCUGGGUCAGCUUCGUGUUCGUGUUCCUCUCAGUGCUGGAGUACGCGGCUGUCAAUUACCUGACCACAGUGCAGGAGCAGAAGGAACAGAAGUUUCGAGAGAAGUUUCCAUGCGUGUGUGGAAUUCCUCACUCAAGAACCAUGAUGCUGGAUGGAAGUUACAGUGAGUCUGAGGCCAACAGCCUGGCUGGCUACCCAAGAAGCCACAUUCUGCCAGAAGAAGAAAGACAAGACAAAAUCGUGGUCCAUUUGGCCCUUAACAGUGAACUGGCGACCUCUAGAAAGAAAGGCCUUCUCAAAGGCCAAGUGGGGCUCUACAUCUUCCAGAACACCCACGCCAUUGACAAAUACUCCAGGUUGAUAUUUCCAGCCUUCUAUAUAUUUUUCAACCUAAUUUAUUGGUCAGUGUUUGCCUAG